GUAACAAAAUUACAUCCCUAAUUCUAACAAAUUAGAUGAGCUGUAAAAAGGCAUCUAAUUCAAAGAUUCUUGGAAUCGCCCCAAAUCCUCUCAUUAUAGGGUAUUACCAAUAAACCGGACAUGAAUAGAAGGCCUAACGUUAACGUUACAUACUUUUAUUUUAACAGAUUUUUGUAAUGUUUGCAAAGGGAACAGUAGAGUGAUUUGGCCUGUUUUUGAAACCGAUAAUUUGGUAGACCAGAACUGUUUGCACUUAAAAAUUCCGCGGACACUCACAGAAAAAAAUGCCUAAAUUGUUUCAUUACCAUUAAAUGUGCAUUUAAGUUAACGCUACUGUAUUAUAAUUACUAUGCAGUUGUGACCUGAGAUGUUGCAAGUUUUGAUUGUGUGAAACCAUACCAUCUUAGCAGGUCACGUGGUAAACAGAUGGCUAGGGGCAAGAGGAUGCAACUAUUAGUAUCUAUAUACUAAACUGCAGUUUGCUGGAGUAUCGGCUCACUACAAUAUACUACAGUCUACUAUAGUAAUUAUUACAUUAUUGUAGAGUAUUUUUCAUGUAGGGAGCUAGAGCUGAAAGAGCUGCAUUACUUAACUAUAUUGUUAUAAGCCAGUAGCCUAGCAACCUUAACACCUACUUAACCUGCUGUUCUCCAAGGUAUAAAGUGUCACUGGUGUCUUGUUAGUUUACAUCAUGACAGACAGUAGUAUGAGUGUGUAUUGCAAAUUUCCAUCCUGACUGUCAGGACUGAAAUGAUGGGACUUCAUACUCCACAGGUUGCUCUAUCAUCUUGAAAUCUGAGCAGUAGCAUCCAGUCACCAUGUUUGUCCAAGCUCAGCCAGAAGGUGCAAAUGUGCCACCUGUCAAUGUGCCUGUGACACCAGUAUAUACCAUUGGAUGUCAUACAAACAAUGACGUUUACAUCGCACCACCUGGUUAUACACCACAUCAGGUACCAAUGACAAUGCCAGUCAUACAAAGACCUCCUGGUUGCCCACCAGGGCUGGAGUACCUGACCCAGGUGGACCAGCUUCUGGUACAACAAAAAAUGGAAAUAAUGGAAGUUCUUACAGGAUGGGAGACCAAUAAUCAAUAUUUGGUAAAAAACAGUUUAGGGCAACAGGUAUUCUUAGCGGCAGAGGAUAGCGACUUUUGUACACGUAUGUUGUGUGGACCAAUGCGCUCCUUCAUGCUUCAUAUCCAAGAUAACACGGGACAGGAAGUCAUGACUUUAUCACGCCCCCUUAACUGCAGCAGCUGUUUCUUUCCUUGUUGCCUGCAAGAGCUUGAGGUUCAGACCCCUCCUGGCAGCCCUAUUGGUUAUGUAAUCCAAAUCUGGCAUCCUUACCUGCCAAAGUUUCUCAUUCAGAAUGAGAGAAAAGAACCAGUUCUGAGGAUUGUGGGGCCAUUCUGUGACUGCAAAUGUUGUUCUGACGUUAAUUUUGAGGUGAUGUCCCUGGAUGAGACUUCAGUGAUUGGUCGAAUUAGCAAACAGUGGACGGGGUUUGAGGCCGAAGCAUUUACUGAUGCAGACAACUUUGGCCUUCAAUUUCCAAUGGAUUUGGAUGUGAAAAUAAAGGCAGUUAUAUUAGGGGCCUGCUUUCUUAUUGAUUUCAUGUAUUUUGAGCACAACCAAAGGCAAGAAUAAAAUCAUCCAGGAGCCUGCGGUUUCCCCAAUUAAAAUCAUUAUAUUUGUUCUUUGAAAAUGUAUUAGUCUUUUAAAUAUCACAUCUGAAAACUGAGAAAAGCAUGGUCAUAAAGGGUUUACUGACAUCUAUGAUGUUUCCGCAUGUUCUGUCCUUAUUCCCCCCAUUUGGAUUUAUUUACUUAACUAUUUAUCAUAGUGAAGUAUCUUGUAAACCCUUUCUGUAUGGUUUUAUUCGCCAUUUUGCUUUGUUGGGUUGUGUCGUUAUGAACAACACUAGAGUGAAUAUGUCUCUGUUCUGAAUAUCUCUUAUUCUUCAAUGGGAAACCCAUACUGUAGUCUUAUUUAAGUAAAGCAAACCUGUAAAUGUUUCAGUGUCACUUUAUCAGAGGACUAUUUUUAGUCAGGCAUGUCCUGCACAGUUGUCCUUCUUCUAAACUAAACUAGACACAUGGGACUGCCACCCAAUUUCACUAUAUAGCCUAGGCAUGUUGAAUUUAUAUAAGAAAGUGACUGUUACAUUGCAAAUUUUGUAAAUGACAAUUCACUAAUGUAUGACUAUUUGUCUGGAAUGUCUGUUAAAGAAUAAAUACAAUUUCCAUCACUCA